UCUAAGGUAUUUUUUGUUAGUCUAAUGUGUCUUUUUCAUCAACAUUGAUAACAUGGAGCCAAUUUAUUUAAACGGGUUCGCAAUAAAAGUAGUAAAUGGUUUUAAAGUUUAUAGUGACAAAGUCAUAGGACUUAAAGGAAUAAAUAUGAGUGUACCUCGAGGGAUAAUAUAUAGUCUCUUGGGUCCUAGUGGUUGCGGAAAAACUACAUUAUUAAAAUCAAUUGUUGGCGUAGAAACAUUAGAUUCUGGUUUUAUACAUCUUGACGCAGAAUCUAAAAUGGAAAUUGGAUUUAUGCCACAAGAAAUAAAUCUAGAAAAAUAUCUCUCAGUUAAAGAAGUUUUCAGCUAUUAUGGUUCAUUAUAUAAAUUAUCUCCAGAAAUAUUCGUCCAAAGAACUACCGAACUUAAUGCAAUUUUAGAAAUAGAUUUUCAUGAUCAAAUGAUUAAUAACUUAAGUGGCGGUCAAGGAAGAAGAGUAUCACUUGGAAUUAGUCUACUACACGAUCCUAAGAUUUUAAUACUUGAUGAACCAACUGUUGGACUCGAUCCAAUACUACGCGAUAAAAUUUGGAAUUAUCUUCUUUCCUGUUUACGUACAAAAAAUAAAACUAUAAUAAUGAGUACACAUUAUAUUGAAGAAGCUAAUCAAGCCAACAUUAUUGGUUUUAUGAGAAAUGGAAAAAUAUUGAAAGAAGCUUCACCAAUAUCAAUUUUAACAAGUUAUAACACUAUUUCGCUAGAAAGUGCUUUUUUAGAAAUUUGCAAAGAGAACUUAACUACUAAGACUGACGCGUCCACUAUUAAAUAUUUGGGCGAAGGAACAUUAAAAAAUUCAAAUUUUAAUACUGUCUCAAACAAUUUAAUAUCAAAACAUAGAAUCAAAACAAUAAUUAGGAAAAACUAUAAUGUUCUUUCUAAUGACGUUAUGUUUUAUAUUUUUACGUUUUUUUUACCAUUAAUUCUUCUAAUAUCAUUGGAAUAUUCUAUUGGUGGCAAAUUGAAACAUACCAAUAUAGGUGUUACUAAUUAUGAAGUUGAUUUAUCAAGUUGUAAACAUACUAACUUCAGUGGAUGUUUUUUCAAUGAAAAUCACAAACACGAUUUGAGUUGUUCUGUACUUAAUAAUUUAAGAUCACUUGAUUAUGAAUUUAUAGAAUAUAACGACAAAGAUGUUGCAUUAUACUCAGUCGAAAAGACAAAAAUAUACGCGUACCUAAAUUUUCCAAAAAAUUUUUCGAAUUCGUUUUACCAGUAUAUUGACAGUGAUAAAGCGUCGUUAAGAGAUUCUACUUUAUUUUCACACAUUGACAAUGGAAAUUUUUUAAUAAAAUUUCAAAUUUAUACUGAUUUUUCAUGGGCAUUAGAAAAAACAUUUGAAGAUGCAUUGUCUAAUUGCAAUUACAAAACAGAGUUGAUGAAGAAUAUAAAUAAAAAAGUAUUGUAUGGAGAAAAAGUUAAAAAGGUAAAUCAUAUUUUCAUUGGAUAUUUACUGGCAAUGAGUAUUUUUUACUAUUCAAGCGUGGGCUCUGCAAGUUUCAUGUUAAUGGAAAAAAAUGAUGGAUUAAUGACUAGAUCUAUGACAGCGGGAGUGACAGUAUUUGAUAUUAUUACUUCUUACUUAAUAACUCAUACACUAUUAAAUAGUGUAUUAAUAAUAGUUUUAAUGAGUAUUUCAUUUAUUAUUUUUCAAUAUCCAUUGGAAAAUCCAGCAGUUGUUAUUGAUAUAUUUUUUGCUUUAAUACUUAUAUCAUGGAUCGGCUUCUUCUAUGGAAUAUUGUGUGCUGCAAUUUCGCGAAGUAGUACUGAAGUAAUGUAUUUGACAUAUGGAGCUGGUUCUGUACAAUUGUUUUUAGGAGGUGUAAUUUGGCCAAUAGAAGCCCAAUUUCAAAUAGUUCAGUAUAUUUCUUAUAAUUUACCUGCGAGUAUUGUAGGAAGAAUAUUAGUCAACGCAAUUGCAAAAGGCUGGUCAUUAAGUCAUCCACUAGUCAUGGUCGAUGUUAUAAAAACUGUUAUUUAUUUAUUUAUCCAUAUAGCUCCUGUGGUUUUUUAUAAAUACAUAAAAAAAAAUAUUUGGAUUAGUCAUAAAUGAUAGAAGUCAACUUUUCCAUUCGUUUUCAGAAAUAAGAGUUAAUUCAAGUUAUUUUAAUUAAUUAAAAACAAAAACAAAUUAAUACAUUUUAAUAGUAUUAAAAUUUACGAUUAAUAUCUAUAUAUUUUGAACAAUUAAAUUCUAUUACAAUAUAAAAAUUUUAAGUUCAAUGAAAAAUAUUUAUUAAUAUUCAGUACAUAUAUAUCCGUUUCUUAUACUUAUUAUUAGUU